GUCAGAGAGCGAAUGCAGCUUGUGGUGCCCUGCUGUGGAAUUACAGCGGAGAACAUUACAGGGGUCCUGAGAGACAACGCUCAACCAGCGGGAAAGGAGACGAGGGAGGCGAACGCGUCCAUGUGGACAGCCGUGAGCCUUCCAGCUGCCGGAGACGCAGUGAGGAGCCACGGAGGAGGUCAGCGGCAGGAGGAGGAGACGCUCCAACGUUCUCCCCCGUCGUACGCCUCAGCACCGACUGGACCGUGACACCUUCUUACUGGGGUCGUUGCCUCACAGUUUUAACGUCAGGAACCACCUCCAGCCUGUUGAGAGGAGGUCCUCUUCUGGGAGAACGCCAACCUUGACCUCUGCUCACACUAGUCAAAGGGAUUGUGGUCACCAUUGGCAUGGAAACGUCAUUGUAAAGGCAGGAGCUGCUCUCCUCUGCAAGAACCCUCAUGCGUGUGAGGAGUGCAUGAGACCGCGGGAUGUGUUGAGGUGUUAAUGUUCUCGGAUGCCUACGAUGCAACAAAGACCUCAAUGAGCGGAAAAGAGGCUCUUCGGUGCAUUUUUCUGGAACGUUCCCUGGGUCAGGCUGUUAUUGUUUACUCGGAUACUUGGCUCCGCACCACUGCAGUUGAAAAGCGCCAGACUUCCACGGUGCUGCUCUCCUCAGCCUCCCGUUAAAGACCGGCUGCCGGUCCGUCCCGCCAGAACCGUGAUUUUCCACUCUCCCUGGCCGCAACAACGCAUUCCCGGAGAGGACCGAUUUUGCCGGCCAACCCCCGACACCCAUGGCGGCCCGCUCUUGACGACGCAUGCUUCACGCUGGGGUGCUAUAGGCAGCAGACGGCGUCUCCAUGAGGAGCAGUAGAAGAUGCCGGAACUGCCUGCGCUGCUGCUGUCGAUUCACUUCCGCUUCCUGCUAUUUACUGUGGUUACCAUGCCGCCGUCUUCUCUAAGCCAGGCCCCUAUCCUGUCCUCUGUGCGGAUGGCGGCGAUCCUGGAUGACCAUUCCGCUUGCGGGCGUGGAGAGCGCUUAGCUUUAGCACUGGCGCGUGAGAACAUCAACAGCGUGAUGGAGGGACCUGCUCGCACACGAGUGGAAGUAGACGUCUUCGAGCUGCAGAAAGAUUCCCAGUAUGAGACCACGGACACCAUGUGCCAGAUUCUGCCAAAGGGUGUGGUCUCUGUGAUUGGCCCCGCCUCUAGUCCCGCCUCAGGCUCUACUGUCAGCCACAUCUGUGGAGAGAAAGAGAUCCCACAUGUGAAGAUUGGACCAGAGGAGACUCCACGGCUACCUUACCUGCGCUUUGCGUCCAUCACCCUGUAUCCUAGCAACGAGGAUCUGAGCCUCGCCGUGGGAGCCAUCCUACGCUCCUUCGGCUACCCAUCAGCUAGUCUGGUCUGCGCCAAAGCCGAGUGUCUGUUGCGUCUGGAGGAGCUGGUGAGACGUUUCCUGAUCUCCAGGGAAACACUGUCAGUGCGCAUGCUAGAUGAUGACCUCGACCCCACCUCCUUACUGAAGGAAAUUCGUGACGAUAAGGUUGCUACGAUCAUCAUUGAUGCCAACGCCUCUGUGUCUUACAUGAUUCUGAAGAAGGCAUCUGAGUUGGGGAUGACAUCGGCGUUUUACAAGUACAUUCUCACCACCAUGGACUUUCCCUUGCUGUGGCUGGAUGAUGUAGUUGAUGGGCAUUCCAACAUUGUGGGCUUCUCCAUGUUCAACAUCACUCACCCGUUUUACCUGGAGUUUAUCAGGAGCCUUAAUCUGUCCUGGAGAGAGGGCUGUGACCUUAACCCAUACCCGGGGCCUGCGGUAAAGCCUCUGUCAUCGGCGCUGAUGUUCGACGCGGUGCACGUAGUGGCGAGCGCGGUGCAGGAGCUGAACAGGAGUCAGGAGAUCGGCGUGAAGCCGCUCAGUUGCUCCUCCCCGCAGAUCUGGCAGCACGGGACGAGCCUCAUGAACUACCUGCGCAUGGUGGAGUAUGAUGGCUUAACGGGCCACGUCGAGUUUAACAGCAAAGGCCAGAGGACCAACUACACGCUACAUAUUCUGGAGAAGCAUAAAACCGGCCACAAAGAGAUUGGUAUCUGGUAUUCUAAUAACACCCUGGUCAUGAACUCCACCAGUCUGGACAUCAAUGUCUCUGAGACUCUGGCGAACAAGACCCUCAUCAUCACCACCAUCCUGGAGAACCCGUAUGUCAUGAGGAAGGUGAAUUACCAGGAGCUGGAGGGCAAUGAUCGCUAUGAGGGCUUCUGUGUUGACAUGCUGCGGGAGCUGUCUGACAUUCUGAAGUUCACCUACCGGAUCAAACUGGUCGAUGACGGUCUGUACGGAGCCCCUGAGCUCAAUGGUUCCUGGACAGGCAUGGUCGGGGAACUGAUCAACAGAAAAGCUGAUUUAGCGGUAGCUGCCUUCACCAUCACCUCUGAGAGAGAGAAAGUCAUCGAUUUCUCGAAACCUUUCAUGACUCUGGGCAUCAGCAUUCUCUACAGAGUUCAUAUAGGCCGAAAGCCAGGCUAUUUCUCGUUCCUGGAUCCCUUCUCCCCAGCCAUUUGGCUCUUCAUGCUGCUGGCGUACCUGGCUGUCAGCUGUGUGCUUUUCCUCGCUGCCAGGUUAAGCCCGUACGAGUGGUACAACCCUAACCCGUGCCUGCGGGAUCGCCGGGACCUGCUGGAGAACCAGUACACACUGGGGAACAGCCUGUGGUUUCCAGUGGGAGGCUUCAUGCAGCAGGGCUCAGAAAUCAUGCCCAAAGCCCUGUCCACCCGCUGUGUCAGCGGAGUCUGGUGGGCAUUCACCCUGAUCAUAAUUUCUUCGUAUACAGCAAAUCUGGCUGCAUUUCUGACUGUGCAAAGAAUGGAGGCCCCCAUCGAGUCCCCCGAUGAUCUGGCGGACCAAACCAAUAUCCAGUAUGGAACUAUUCACGGGGGGAGCACCAUGACCUUCUUCAUGAACUCCCGCUACCAGACGUACCAGCGCAUGUGGAACUACAUGCACUCCAAGCAGCCCAGCGUGUUCGUGAAGAGCACAGAGGAGGGCAUUGCUCGCGUGCUCAACUCCAAGUACGCCUUCCUGCUGGAGAGCACCAUGAACGAGUACCACCGCAGCCUCAACUGCAACCUCACGCAGAUAGGAGGUCUACUGGACACCAAGGGCUACGGCAUCGGCAUGCCCCUGGGCUCUCCUUUUCGUGAUGAGAUCAGUCUGGCUAUCUUGCAGCUUCAGGAGAACAACAGGCUGGAGAUUCUAAAGCGGAGGUGGUGGGAGGCGGGCCAGUGCCCCAAAGAGGAGGAUCACCGAGCUAAAGGCCUAGGCAUGGAGAACAUUGGCGGGAUAUUCGUAGUUCUGAUCUGUGGGUUGAUCAUUGCCGUGUUUGUGGCAGUGAUGGAGUUCGUGUGGUCCACUCGACGCUCGGCUGAAACAGAUGAGGUGUCUGUGUGUCAGGAGAUGUUGACCGAGUUCCGGAAUGCGGUGUCCUGUAAGAAGAGCUCCCGUCUACGCCGUCGCCGGCCCCUCUCCAGCUCUUUGGCCCUGCGCCACCCGACCCGCAUCACGCUGGGGGCCCCACGGCCCCUGCGGCUAGUCAGAGAGAUGCGCCUCAGUAACGGAAAGCUCUACAGCGGGGCGGGGCCCUUAACAGGAGGCUCUGGGGCUGGGUCAGGCCCCUCGGAGCUGGGCCCCGGGCCCCAGCGCCUCCUGGAGGACCCUCUGGGGGCCAGCAGCACACCUGCGGGGCCCCUAGGCCCGCCUGCAGUGACCGUGCCUCUGCCGCGGGGCUGCACUCAUGUGCGCAUUUGCCAGGAGUGCCGGCGCAUCCAGAGCCUCCGCACGACCGCGUGCUCCCGCGUGCCACCCUCCGCCUCGCCCCUCCCACGCCUGGCCCCGCCCCCGCCACACUCGUCCUCCAAUACAGACAGUGAGGGGGGCCGGGGGCCGAGCCCGUGUAGGAUAGGCCACUCCCCACCCCCCCCGAGAGGUUGCACACUCCCUGCCCCUCCGAGCAGUACGAGCACAGACCUGCUGGGCGAGCAGGACUGAAAGAGAGAGGGAGAGAGGGAGAGAGGGAGAGAGGGAGUGGAUGAA